AUGCACGUCCCAGAAGUCGAAUGGUGGGACUCAUUGAUCAUGGCCGAAGACUUCAAAGUCACGAAGCUCAUUGAACAUCCAGAACAACAAGCUCCAAACGGCGAGGCACCAGCGCCAGAAGCCAUUGGCUUGUAUCUGACCAAGAAGGAGCGAAAGAAGAUGCGACGUUUGAACAGAAAAGAAGUUCAGAAAGAGGAGCAAGAAAAGAUCCGCCUUGGACUUUUGCCCGCUCCUGAGCCCAAGGUCAAGCUUGCGAAUAUGAUGCGCGUUUUGGACUCGGCUGCCGUUGCUGAUCCGACAAAAGUGGAAAAGCACGUCAGAGAGCAAAUGGCCAAACGGCAGAGAAAGCAUGAGCAAGAUAAUCUCUCGAGGAAACUAACGGACGAGCAGAAGCGCGAAAAGAAAAUUAAAAAACUGCAAGAAGACACUUCGAUCAGCGUUAGAAUCGCUAUUUAUAGAAUAAGAUCAUUAAAAGAUGCCAAGAAAAAGUUCAAAAUCGAGAUGAAUUCUAAGCAACUGUACAUGACAGGAGCUACUGUACUCAACAGAGACUGUUCAAUGGUGGUUGUUGAAGGCGGUCCUAAAUCUCAGCGCAAGUUCAAACGAUUGAUGAUGAAUAGAAUCAAUUGGAAAGAGGAUACUCUCGAAUACGAUGACGGAAACUUUUGCGAGCUAGUUUGGGAAGGUGAGUCCGCUGAGGCAAGCUUUGGACCGAUGAUUUUCAAACUGUGCGCCACUGACGCCCUGGCCCGCGAAUUCUUCAGAGAUCACAAAUGUGAACACUACUGGGAUCUUGCCCAUUCUAAGGCAACAAUUACAAACGCUGAUUAG